GCAAAUUUCAAAAUUAAUUUUGUGCUAUUAAAUUUUUCGAAAAUUCGUUCUUUAAUUUUAUUCUAUGUUUUCAGUUUCUUUUUUCAAACGUAAAAUCACAAUUUUUUCGAUUAUACUUAUUUUAAAAGAUUCUGUAAGAUCGUCUAGUUGAAUGUCUGCUUUUCUCGAUGUCGCCAAGUCUCAAAACUUCUAAUUCUCUAUUCAGAAGACACAUAAGGAAGUAAAUUGAAUACGUCUCCGGCAAGAGUGGCUUGUAACGAAUGAAUUGAAUCGGUCAAUUGAAGUAGUAUACCUAGUAACUCAAACCUGAUUUUAACUAUAAAUAUUGUUCUAUGAAAACAUCUAGAUAGACAGUUGAUGUUGUCGAACUCUUAGAAAUGUCAAUACCCUAAUCCUGUCUUACAGAAAACACGUCGGGGAACAGUUAAAUAUUUAUUCGUUUUUGAAUAGAGCAGCUUCUAACAAAUGUUGUAUAGUGCAGCUUAUUUAAUAUGUAAAUAGGUGUGUCUAGCUCAGACUUUAUUUCGCACAGAAAGAGUAUUAACCGUCUCGAAGGUGAUUGCUGCUAUCGAAGACUUCGGAAUUUUAAUGUCCUAAUUCCUUCCUAAGAAGCUGCGCAAGAAAUGCACUUGAAUAGUUAUCUGUCUCUGGACAGAACAGCUCUUAAGGAAUGAAUCCAAUCAGCCAAAUGAAAUAGUGCGCCUAACUCAGAGCUGGUUUCGUAUAUAAAUACUCUAUCGGAACAAGUAUCUUAAUGAUUCCUGUCAGCGAAGUCUUCUGAUCUUAAAUCUCUUAAUUCGGAGAAGACCACACUUGAGGAAUAGUUAACGAGACAACUCUCUUUUGGAUUAAUUAAUUACAAGUUGCUCUGUCCAAUCAGCCGAUCGAUGCAGUGUGCAUAACCCACUCUCCUAAGUUAACAGAGUAAUAGAUAUAGUUGAUUCAAAGUUGACUCGAUUUAAUAAUAAAUUGUAAUAGUAAUCUGUCAGAAAAUCCAGCUAAAUUGUCAUCUACAUUUUUUGAAUUUAAUUUCUCCAGACUCACACUCAUUACUCUUGAAGAUACAUGUUCAAUAAUAGAAUAAAUGGUAAUAAAAAUAUAAAUUAUUUGAAACUGGUUCGUAUCAAAGACGACAGAGGAUUAAAUCACCUAAUUUUCCCUUAAGAAGACAUGAGGAAUGAACUGGAACAGUUUCUUGUUUUUCGACAGAGAAGUCUUUGACUACUGAAUCCAACUAACCAAUUCGCAUGGUAUACGUAGCAUCGAUCAGAUACAAUAUGUGUAAAUGCCUGAACCUGACUCACACUUGAAUUAGCAUAGAAAUAGUAUUGUUAAGCUAACGCUGAAAGAUAUAGCUGAAUACUUCUUGCCAUGUCUUCAGAGCUUAAAUAUCCCAAUUCCCUUUCAAGAAGACAUUCAAGAAGUGUAUUUUAACAGUCAUACGUGUAUCUGAGCUUGAUCCACUAAUUGACACGUGAUCCAGGUCUGAAUUAUCAUAGAAAUAGUACACUUAACCCAGGCCUUAUUUAGGAUUCCAAUAGAAUUCUGUUAGAAAAUUUACCUGUCUGCCAUUUAAGUUUGGAAGGUACCCACAGAAAUGCAUUCGAAGUGUUAGAUUCGCGUAUAAUUUAUCUCUCUAUUACUCUACUCACUUCGAUACUUAACAAAUCGAUCCCUACAGUGAAUUGAUACAGUAUGCUUAACACGAACCUAAUUUAAUAUAUAAAUAGAUAACCCUAACUUGAAUUAACAUAGAAAUAGUACGCCUGACCUAGACCUGGAUUAACAUAGAAAUAGUGUACUUAACCUAGCUAUCUGAUGUAAUAUAACAUAAAACAGUACUCAAUAGAUCAACAGAGGAUAGAUCUUUUGAUGCAGGCUAAAGUUCCAAUUUCCUUUUCAAAACACAUUCGAGAAAUGUAACGGUUAGGGAACUUAACGUCACUCGAACAGCUAUAUCAGGUACACAAAUGUUUAAGGAAUCAAGUGCAUCAGCCGGUUGAUAUAGUACGCCUAACAUAUACCUGAUGCAACACAUAAAUAGGUAUUCGUGACCCAGACCUGGAUUAACAUAGAAAUAGCAUACUUAACCCAGCCCUGGCGUAAUAUAUAAAACGGUGAAGAAUACUUCUUACCACAGAAGCUUUCGAAAUAUAAAUCUUCCAAUUCCCUUUUAGGAAGACACCCGAGACACGUAACGGUCGCGUGGGACACAUGAGUAUUUAACAAAUCACUCCCAUUGGCUAAUUAAUUCAGUGUGACUAACAGUUACCUGACUCGGUAUACACAUAGGAUUUCCUGAACUAACAUUGAAUGAGUAUAUUGAACCCAGCCCUGACGUAAUACAUAAAACAGUGUUUCGUCAGAAGAUUUAGCUGUAUGCUGACUACUAUCGACGCUCUCCAGGUAUAAAUCUCUCAAUCUCCUUUUAAGAAGACACCCAAGACACUUCAGACACCUGAGACACCCAAGAAAUGUAACGGUUACAGAAUUUAACGUCACGCGAACAGUUACGAUCUUCUCGAGACUCAAGAGUAUGUACUUAAUAAAUCACUCCACGGACUAAUUAAUUCAAUAUCCCUGAUACAAACUCAAUUCAAUGCGUAAAUAAAAAUUCCUGGCUCUGACUUGAAGUAACAUAAUAAUAUUAGGUCAUCCCACAAGUUCGUACCGCAGAUCGUGUUUAAUAGAAAAGAAAAUACAGAAAUUUUAUAGCGAUGGUAUAAUGACUUUAUGGUUACACUUUUUCACGUAUUUAAAGUAUAUUUCACCAGUGCAUAUUUGUAUUUUUUUUUUUUUUUUUUUUUUAAAUCACAUACCGAUAAUAACGCACAUACUAUACCACACGUUUGAUAAAAAUGGCAAGUGUCCGCAUACUUUUGAAUGGCAGUGUACACGAACCAGAAUUCCCUUUAGCCGAAUGCCUGCUGGCAUCGGAGUUCCCGAAAUAUAAAUCUCCCAAUCCUCCUUUAAGAAGGCACCCAAGACAUCCGAGACGCGUAACGGUCAGGGGAAUAUAACGUCACCCCAGACCAGUUACAUCCAUCCAAGUGGACACACGCGCGUAUUGCAGGAACGAAUCCCGAUCGGACAAUUGACAGCGGUCGUUUUCCUGUUGCAGAUAAACGUCCAGGAACAGGUGGAGCGGAAUGAUGACGAGAGAGUUCAUCGCGACGAUUCUGCUGGUGCAGGCUAUCGCGAGGCUCGGUCACGUGGCAGCCGCGGAUGCCACGCACGCGGCUGACCAGCCGGCCUCUGCGGUCCCGUCGGGACUUUCUGGGCCGGAUUACACGGGGCCAUCCGCCGGUUCCGACGAGUGCGACCCAGAAAUGGUCGGCUUCGAGCUGGUGACCGGUUAUGUGUUCACCGCGCCAACGAACAUGCUCGAGUCCAUACCAGGAACUCUGAUGCUCACCGACUGCCUCGAGAUCUGUCAGGCGAACGACUCCUGCCAGGCGGUGAACUACGAGACGGGCCUGUGCGUGCUGUUCAGCUCGAACGCCGACAGCAACCCAGGUGCCCUUUCGCAGUCCCAGUUUCCGGUGUUCACGAUCUACGCCCAGAAGAGUUGCCUGGCGGUGAAGCCUUGCGAGCGAGCCUGGUGCAUCGACAGGGUUCAGGGGCACAGGCUCCAGAGCCACACGCGCAGAUCUAUGACCGCCUCCUCGCGACAGCACUGCCUGGAGCUCUGUUUAGGCGAGAGGGACUUCCUGUGCCGAUCCGCCAACUAUGCGAACGCGACAAAGCAGUGCGAGCUUUCGGACAUGGACCGUCUAACUGUCGCGGGUUCCAACGCUUUCCAAUCAGCUAAAGGCUUCGAUUAUCUGGAGAAUCAUUGCGUGGACGAGCCAGUCAAGCUCUGCGAAUUCAAGAAACUUGCAGGUCGCAUUCUCAAGACCGUAGAUUCUGUCUACCAAGAUGUUGGAACUGCUGAGGAGUGCCGCGAGCUUUGUCUUAAUUCUCCGUUCCGUUGCCAUUCGUACGAUUAUGGUGACACUGGCGACAUGGUCUGCCGUCUCAGUCAUCACUCCAGAGCCACCCUCUCCGACAUUCAGGAACCGUAUCUCGACGUGCCAGAGGGCUCAACCUACGAGCUGAGCUCCUGUUACAACGUCACCAUCGACUGUCGCGCCGGUGACAUGGUUACGAGGAUCCAAACCAGCAAGCUCUUCUACGGCAAGGUAUACGUGAAGGGUUCGCCCAACUCGUGUGUACAGGACGUGAAAGGUGCCUUGGAAUUUGAGCUCCGCAUGGCCUACGACGAUUUGGAGUGCAACAUCAGACAACAGGGUCUGGGUCGUUACCUGAACGACGUCGUGAUCCAACACCACGACACGAUCGUCACCAGUUCCGAUCUCGGGCUGGCCGUCGCCUGCCAAUACGAUCUGACAAACAAAACAGUGUCGAACGAAGUCGAUCUCGGCGUGCACGGUGACAUAACUCCCGCCUUGUCGGAGGAAGUGAUCGUCGACUCGCCCAACGUCGCCAUGAAGAUCACCGACCGCAGUGGAAGCGACGCGAUCCCGUCGGCCGAAGUCGGGGAUCCGUUGGCGCUCAAGUUCGAGAUCCUCGACCCGAACAGUCCCUACGAGAUCUUCGUGCGAGAGCUGGUAGCCAUGGACGGCGUGGACUCUAGCGAGAUAGUCUUAAUUGACUCGGACGGUUGCCCCACCGAUCAUGUCAUCAUGGGACCUCUCUACAAGUCGGCUACCACCGGCAAGAUUCUACUUUCCCACUUCGACGCCUUCAAAUUCCCCAGUUCCGAGGUAGUGCAAUUCCGCGCUCUGGUUACACCAUGCAUGCCCACCUGCGAACCAGUCCAGUGCGAUCAGGAAGAAGCCACCGGCGAGCUGCGAUCCGUGAUUUCCUUCGGUAAACGUCGUCGUCGUCGCUCGACCAGUCCCUCUUCCCAGAACCGCGAGGACCUGCUGCUGGUGCAAUCCAUCCAGAUCACCGACAAAUUCGGCUUCGAGCACGACGGCAAGGCGUCGAACGCCAGCUCGGCCACUAGAGACACCGUUUUCGUCGAGAGCGAGGACAUAUCGUCCACGAUGGGUGUUUGCAUCAACCUGGGCGAGGCAAUCGUCGCAGGCACCGUCUUCCUCGUCGCCCAGAUCGCCAUAAUCGCGGCGUGGACCAUCACCUGGCAGAGACGUCGACAGAUGCUCAAGCAUCAAGAAGCCCUCUCCGUCUCGGUUUCCGUUCCUGGAAUGCAUUCCGUUCCGGGGCGCACAGACAGCCUCUGUAAGUUGUACGACGCCGGAUAUUCAGCGCGCCGUUUUUGAAUAGCCUUCGUUUCCUGUCCCCCUCCGUCCCUCGAUCUCGUCUUCCUACCAGGGUUGCAACCCCUCGGCUGACAUCGCCACCGAGAUCUUCGCUAGCGACCGUUAAUCACUGCUUCAUCGAUGCAGGGAUCUAGCGAUCCCAUUCUCGGGAACGAUCGUAGAUCUCGGCUCUCCAAAUCGCUAGAUCAUCAACGAGGGACAUAACAUGUUGGAGGGAUUUAACUUUGGCUUCUUUCGGGCGCAGCCAUCCGUUGCCUUUCGAUCGGGAAUCGUGCAAACGUUCGUCGAGUGUUUGAUAAAGUUCGAUCCGUAGGGCAGAUAGAGUAAUUUCAAAGACAUCGAGCCGGGGAAGUAUUUCUGGAUGGAAAUUGCCUCUCCCGUCCGUGACACUUCGCGCUUUCUUUACCUUAUAGGAAUUAUCCCGCGCGUCGGUACUUUUUCCAAUUGAUCAAGGCUGAGCCGUCUUCAUUGCUUCGAUUUAAUAGUCUUAAAAGUCAUACCGCAUCAUCCGCGAGUUGGGAAAGGCAACUCCGAAUCGAACCCGCAACAUCCUGUCGAGCGAACCAUGGUCCCCCGUGAUCGUCGAUUUCCUUUCGAGGCUCGACAAACGAUCGUCGAUCGCACGCGUGAAAGCUUCGUUUUCGAUUUUCUUGGUUUAUUAGUCGCCGAGGGAAUCGUUCUCUGGAAAAGCGCGCGCGACGAUCGACGAACCACUCGCCGACAGAACCUCGGGGUCGAGUCAACUUAAAAUCGACCUUUAGCAAAGUUGAACGUAUAAUUGCAGAAGACAGUAAUUACACCGUAGCAGCUAGAGGCAAUUAGACGAUCAAAGGGCAGGUCCGAUCGAUUAUCUUCCAGCUCCGUCAUCUUUCAUUCAUAAUAGUGCAUAAUCUUCCCCGUUUCUUGCGACGUUUUCUUCCUUCCUUCCACUUCCAUCCCGCCCAUUCCAUCGCCGUUUUUCCUGUCCGUUCAUACGCGAAACGAGACAAGACAAAGCGAAACAAGCCGAAGCGGGAUGAGGCGUGGCGUGGCUCCAAAGGCGAUAGAGGUCGACGUGUACUUGCUACGUAGGAUAGGGCACUGGUACGGACUCUAAUUAGCAUUGGGAAUCGAGCAUGAUUAUGCAGAUGCUCCAAGUAGGAUAUCAACAGGAGGAAUGGCGGACACGGUGGCGCGCGGGAGUGCUGGGGGAAAGGGUCAGGGAGAUAGAACGGUCGAGAACGGAACGACUGGAAACAGUAGGAGAGAGCGAUAGAAACCCAGAGGGGCGAUACGGGAGAGCAAGGGCGAUGCGCGUAAAGGGGUUGGCGGAAGGUUAAUUGCCUCUUGUGGCGUCUCGGGGUUAAGCUAAGCUUCGUGGGGUUGGACGAGAAUUCGGGAGCGAGAAGGGUCCGGAAACGAGACAGCGAGAUGGCGUCGGAUCGCAUCAAGGAUAGCUAUCUAGAGCGUACUGGGACCACGUAACCUCGAUCCCCCUCCGACUUAACCUUAGCCAUGUCCGGGCCAUCCGUGUUGGUACGGUUAAUUUACAUCGCGAUACGUGAGCUUAUCAAUCUGGCUCGACGUGGCCCUAGCUGGUGGCUAGGAAUGACACUUAUGGUCAGUCGCGACGAAUCGUUGGGACAGAGGAAGCCCUCCUCGUUUCACCGGUGGACACGGUUGUAUACGACGUGGCCAAUUCUAGAAUGCGAAUUAUGUUCUCAUAGGAACUUCAUGUUUUACAUUUGUUUAAGCAUCAGGACAUCGCAUAGGUCUUAUAAAUGAUUUUAACUGUAUCAUACACGUAAUAGUCCAAUCGAUUCAUCAAUCAUCAAUAUUCAACAGUUUUUCAA